GGUGAACAGGCUCGUUCUUUGUUCAUACGAUCCAAACUACCUUUACCGGAGCUCAGUAAGAUCUGGUUGGUUUAAAAAAAUAAUUUCGAAAUGUAUAUGAUAAAUUUUUCAGUUAGCGCGGUACUUAACUGAAUAGUAAGCUUAUAGACAGUACAUGUAUAUUCAACAAGCUAAAUCGAGUGUGUGAGAUUAAGUUUUAGUUAUGUUCGCAGGGGUGAGCCUUUAGGAAAUGCAGUUUUUCUAAAUUAGGCCCAUCAGCGUUAUACAUUUUGUAAAAUUUGGAUCGCAAUCCUUCGCAGUUGCAAUCGUCAGAUUCCAAAGCUCGUCUUUUUCUAGAAACAACGGGUUCCUCGCUUUGUUUUCAAAACAGAAUUAUCUCGGCUAUAGAUUUCUUUAUUAUCCAUGUGGCUACAUACGCAUUGUGUUUCACGUAUUUUAUUUUUAAACCACAGUAAUUAAAUUGGAUUGGUAAAUGUCUUGGUGAACCAUGUGAUACUUUAAUAAGGCGAGGUGUCAUUUGAUUGGGAAAACCAUAGGUAUUAAAAUUGACUGUGUUCUAUAUCUUCAAGGCAAAUACACCCCAUUACACAAGUUUUUAUUAUGCAAAGUAUAUAUAAUUUCCAAUAGCCCAGGGGUAAGAAAUAAUUAUAUUAAUCUCUACUCUAGAGUGCCUCCUUACAUUAUUAUGUUUUUGUUCGUGGGAAAAAAUAUGGGCAAUGAUUUUCGCUGCUGAUUAGCCAUUGUGAAUCGAAGGCUGUAAGAGAAGAAACUGAACAUGGCCUACAUAGCUGGAUAUUUUGCUGUAGCUUAAUUUUUUUGUACAUACUUUUCAUACCUUUCAUUGUGGUUGUUAUAAAGAUGUCACAAAGAAACCCGUAAAUAUUAAAAACUCUCUCUUAAGGGCAAAUAAACAAGCAGUAAACAAACAGACUCAAACUCUGUUUGCUCAAUAUUAACAACAGUGGGCCAUAUUCAAUAUAUUAAAAUUCUAUGACUCCGAAGCUUUCUGGUCAUUUUCUGUAUUUUGUUUUGUUUUCUUUGUGCUCAAGUCUCUGGGAAUUGCAAAACAGUGGAGUGGUGAAAAUUGUGCAAUUUUGACCAUAAAGCCUCAGAGUCAUGUCAGAAUUUUAAUACAUCAAACAUAGGCUAUUGAGAAUACCAUGGACACUAGUUUAUAAUAAAUCCUUUUUAUAAGUCAAAAUAACACUCAACGGCAGACCAUGCAACAUUGUAGACCCUCUAGUGUUUGAGGGGUCCCCUUAUUCAGAUGCUGAUAGAAGAAGAGAGUGGGCAAACCCCAAAAUGUUUGGUCUAUAAAUUAAUUAGGGGCCUGGGCCAAUGACAUCUGCUGUGAAUUUGUGUACAGUAAUUUCCCUUAAGGUAGAGGGGGUGGCUAUAAAUAAUAAUAUUGUUGGCCACAGGUGGGGUGUGUUGCCAGGACCUUGUUAGACCUUGCCAUUUGGCAUAUACUUAUUAGCCAGGAUAAAAAAUUGCUCCCCCUCCCCUCCCUGGAGUAAAUAUUAUUGUCCUUUGGACCAUUCAGUCGGGAUUAUAUGAGGAAUGCCUUCUUAGAAAUUAGAAAAAAAUGCUCUGUUGAUUACUUUUAUCAUUAAGUAGCAAUGUUAACGUCAUAAUAAUAGCAUUGUUACAAAAAGUUACUUUUAAAUUGUUAAGAACUGCUUGUGGGUUGAAUUUUUUUGUUUAUUCUUAAAGGAAACUCGCUGAUGUGACACGAAACAACAUGUUGGACACCGCAGAAUUUGCAAUAGCAAUGCAUCUCAUUCAAAGUCGUUUAAAGGGCACAGACAUUCCUGAAAAAUUGCCUGAGACCCUAAAUCCAGUUUAUUUAACUACUGUCGAUAUUCCAGCUAUGUCACCGGAGGAGAAAGAAGUCUAUGAAAAAGCUUUCAUGUGGAAUGUUAAUUCAAAAACUGGAUUUAUUAAUGGUAAGCAUCGAAAAGACACUUUGCUGGAUCAGCAUCUCUGUCAUGAUGUUGGAAGUAAGGGUGAAAGUUUUUGAGGUUUAGAGCAGUACUGGAAUAAACUGCAUUGUAUAUCGGUAGAGGUACUCAAUCAAGGGAAGUUUUAUGCUAGGUUCUCCAGAACGUUUAAGCAGCAAAACCUGGUAAUUGCCAGCUAGCUUUGAAAAAAGUAUUUAAGCCCGCAGGACUUGAAAUGACAGCCAGUCAACGGACAAUGUUAUAAUUCUAGUCAAAAGUAGCUGGCUUUGUCCAAGUGAAAAUAGGUUUGACUUGGUUUGACUAGACAACUUGACAGGUCCCAGCUAAAAAAUUAUUUCAAGCUCUGGCCUUGUCAUUUAUAUGAGUCUGUCUGUGGGUUAAUAUUUAUUGUAUUUUCUCUUUAAGCUGAAGCUGCUUGUGCCAUCCUUACUGGGUCUGGUCUGCCUGAUCAUGUCCUUGCUCAAAUUUGGUGAGUUAAAAUGACAAGAUAUUUAUCAGUUGGUUUUUACUGUCCCCUUGAAAGUAGUUUAGUUUAGUAAAGUAACAAUUUAUUUCAAUAGGGUGGCCCAUUCAGUUCGGGGGCAGGGGCCUGUUUCUCGAAAGUCCCGAUAAUUAACGGGCCCAGUAAGCUGACUUCAUUUACAUUAAGGAUUGAGGUUUCAAUAGUUUUGCAUCUAACAUGAUAAAACUAUCAGUUAAUGAAACAAACUGGAGUAGUUUGCUGUAAGACUGGUGCUCUUGUUCUUUAUAUUUUGAUUUGAAUAUUUUAUUUCGGACCCGAAAAGUUACCGGGACUUUCGAGAAACGGGCCCCUGGUCUCCAAAGAGGCCCUGAUGCUUAGAGCAGAAAACUUCACAUUUGCCCUCUGUAAGAACAUCCCUUUUUUGGCGGAGAUAGGGGGGAGGGGUGGAGUGUAGAGUUGGGGACUGGCAUUGUGGGUAUCUGACUCAUUUAUCUAUACUGUGUGAUAACAAUAUUAUUAUUUCUUUAAUGUCUCAUGCUUUUACAGGAACUUUAUUUUAUUAAACCUAACUUUCUGGCUUUUCUUUGCCCCAUAGCACAUCCCUUUGUGAAGGAACUGGGAUAAUAAGUGACGUACUAAUUUAUGGAUAGAGCAUUUUCACAUGACGUAACUUCCACCAUAUAGCUGUCCCAAAACAAUGAAAAGGUGGCCAUAUUGGUGUCCCAAACCAAUCCUGCGAGAGUCUAACCUUCUUUUAUUGUUUAAACUUUCUUUUCUUUCAAUAUAUUUGCACAGCUUCUGGCCACAAGGUUAAAACGGCUCAACUUUAUCGUGUACAUUCAGUAACGUCAUUUUUAAAACAUAAUUUUCUUGUUUUUUUUACAGGAACUUAUCUGAUAUUGACAGAGAUGGUAAACUAUCACUGGAAGAAUUCUUUGUAGCUCUUCAUUUAACUAGAUUCUGCAAGCAAGGUAACUGCUAUUAAGAUGGAGUAACAUGCAAAGCAAAGAAUAUUGCCUGUUCAGGCAUACCCAGAAUUAUUUGCCUGGCUUUUAUUAAAAUAUCAAUUAUCCCCUUACAUACUCAGUUUUACAUUGUGGAGAUGUUAAGUUUGGUGCAAGUUUAGCAUAAGAUGAGAGUUUCCAUCACAAUAUGAGCUAUCUGCAAAGUGUUUCGCAUUUGGCUCCUGUUUCAUUGCCAGUCUUCAUUCUAUAUGCUUUAUUUACAUGCAAAAAGACAAAAAAAAAAACAUUUUGUACAAGUGCAAAUUGAAAGCAGUUCUUUUUUUCACUAGGUAACUCAAUUGAGGGGCUGUCAAUUAAUGUGAGAUCAAUUCUUCCACCACAGGUAAUUUGUCUAUCCUGUUUCUUUUUUCUUUUAUCAUUUUUUAUUCUCAUGCUUUAAUGAGGGAAUAGUUUAACAUGACUUAAAAUAAAAUAUGUAGAAUAAACCCUAUUUUGGUUUUGCUGAUGACCACAUACUCAAAACUUCAGAAGGGCGGACUUGUGUAGUUUAUCACCCUUUUAAUAGAGAAACACCUUGCCCUUUGGUAAAGUUAAUUUUCUUAUCUUGCUUGGCCUUACAGUAUAACUGCCCAUUUUUACAUGUAUGUUGAUUGUUAACAUUUUUGUCUAGUGUGUAAAUUGUGUAUCCCGAAGACCUGAAUAAAUGCAAAUCAGUAUAACAGAAUAUUAUUUUUCUAUUUGUAGCUGACAGAUGAGUGCUAUCAGAGCAAAAGACUGAGGUUUGUAAUGAUAAAGAAAUUGCAUUUAAAUAAAUAUUGUUUAUGAUACCGUAUUUAUUCGAAUAAGCGCCCAACCUCGAAUUAGCGCUCACCUCGAAUAAGCGCCCAUCCUAAAGGCAGAAAAAGUUAAUAAGUGCCCAGCCUCGAAUAAGCGCCCACCCCCAUCUCCUCCCAAUCAAACUCAAAUAAGCGCUCACCCCCACCCCACCCACUUGAGUGAAUAAAUUCUAAUAACAGACUUCCCCGGGAAGGAGUUUUCUUCAGAGUGUUUUUCAGAAACCUUGCUUUGUUACUUCUUCGCGUUUUGUUGUUAGCAUUUAUUGUUUUGUUGCAAAAUAAACAUACUUCAGUUGCUGAAAAUGGUGAAAAUUUAAUAAGCGCCCAGCCUCGAAUAAGCGCCCACCUAGAAUAAGCGCCCACUCUCAAGGUCCAAAAAUUUAAUAAGCGCCCAGGGCGGUUAAUCGAAUAAAUACGGCACCUAUUCAGCUGCAUUCUUGUUAUUUUACUAUUAGUUUAAGAAUUUUGCUUGAUACCCCACAACUUUGUCCUUGAGCGGAUAAUUCUUUAUAAAAAAUGAGACAGUUAACUCCUUGAAACUAAGAUUAUUACCGUAAAUCCUCUAUUAAGCCCCCCCUUUCAAAUAAGCCCCCCUCCCCCCUCCCCUCCAUCCUUAUUCUUCACAAACAAUUAACAUGUGCUGAUCAGUUAUGGUUUAUUCAGGCUGGAAAUUCAUAUUGUUUUUUGGUCUUCAGCUGCAUGACCUCCAACUUCAUGUGCUUAACUUUUCAACUUUACACUCUAGUUCUCUGUGAAGUAUUGUUACCAUUUCCUUAUUGUUAGAAAUAGCAGUAUAACACCCGGUAACCACAAGUCUGUCCUCGAGAAACCUUGCUCCUGUUGAUACGUUUUGCUAAAUUAAAUACCCCCCCCCCCUCAAAAGUGCUUGAAAAAAAUAAGCUCCCCAGGGGGCUUAAUAGGGGAUUUACAGUAAAUAAAUGUUGAUUGUGGAGGGAACAAAAAAUACAAUUUAAUCUUUAUGCAAGUGGUGGUCAUAUUUAAUAAGUAUCAUCGAUGUUGCAAAGAAAAUGGUACAGUAUAUGUAAAAACACACACCUGAAUUCCUGGAAGAACCUCCCCUGGAAAGUUCGAUAAUUUCUUGUCUCUUUAUAUGCUAACUUUUGUGUGCUGAUGAUUUUACAGGCUUGCUGAGGUCCAAAUGGAGAAGAGAAAAUUACUUUCAUUGAAGGUAAGACUUACCCCUGUUACCAGGGACCAAAAGCUACAUCAAUUUUCUCUUAACAAUAUCGAUACAUAAUAAAAUAAUUUUUAUGAGAAUAAAGAAAAUGAUCACCUAAGGAAAAAUGCUUUGAUCAAUCUUUUAUCAAAUUCUCUCAACUUAUUCUUUAAGGCAAUGAGUGAGGAUAAGUGUGGAGAAUUUGUGUGUGAAUAUCCGGGCUUAAUUAGGGUUAAUCUGAUGUGCACGUAGUAUGUCUUUAUUUCAUUACUGCCUUAGUUGAACAAAAGUAAAAGAGCAGAAGAAUAAAGCAUAUAAGCGCCAAAGGUAAAAGGUCUGGAUUUGUGGGUAAAAUCUCAUUAUUGCACCACAGGAAUGUACUAUGUGGAAUGGUUUGGAGAAAAUGUAUGUUGAUCUUUACUGGGUCCUUCAUGACAGCAUUAAGUGACCUCUAUUACUUGUAUACUCUUGUUUUAUUCUAUGCUGUAAAUAACCGAGUUUCACUUAUAAAGCGAAGAACGCGCAAAUCUGCAUUUUGGCAGAGUACUUUUCACCAUUUUUACAAGUCAUAAACGUGGUAGAAUGUUGAGGAACUAAGUUUUACGACGGCGAGGGCAACGAGAAUGACAAAAAAACAAUUGGUUUAGAUCAGAAAAACAACAACUCUGCACGUGCGUCACGCUUUUUUGCACAUUUCUUUGCCGUCGUUGCGCGACUACGACGUGGAACUUCCUAGUUUCACGUUUUAUGAAGGACGUGGAGAGAAAACAACGACUUUCUUUUUUCUUUUUCUGAAUUUAGAUACAGUCCUUUAGAAUCAACUCCAGAAGAAUUCCCUAGCAUUAAACAAAUUGUAUGAAAUAGAGCAAGAGUAAGAAAUUUUAAAACAGCGCGAACUCGCUUUCCAAGUGGCGUUUUCGUUGCUGUUGCCGUUGCCGUCGUGUUUGCUUGGUAACAAUCACGAACUUGGACUUUUUAAGUACUUUCCACUAUCCGCCAUUUUGUGACAAACACAGUUACCUGCAAAAAUGCAGAUUAUAUCAUUCUCUCUUCAAGACUCGAAGAACAAAGUCGUUUAUUUGCGAACCCUUCGUAAUGUGAAAAAUAGUGCAUUAAAGUAAGUUAAUUAUUUAAUAGAUUAUUUUGCAAUAUUUUGUGGUAAGGUUUCAGACGAAAUUUUCAGGUCUUAUCGUCCACAUGACCGUUAAACUUGGGUUCAGGGAACGUGUAAUUUUCUGGUGGGCAGUUUUAUUACCAGUGAAAACGUGUUCUUCAAACUUACCAGUCUGUCGUUUAUACUCCAAAUGGUUAAAAUCACAGCGAAAGCUUUUCAAGCGGCAUUCUCCGGUGCGUAGGUGUUGGUCUCCUUGGUGUCCGAGACUUUUCAUGCGCGGUUUUCUGUUUCGGUCAAGUCUUAAGCUACGGUGAAACGGGCAACAAGAAUCUGCAACUUGUUUUGGAACAUAGGCAAAAUGAGUUGAAAACAAGUUAUUAUUGCGCGUUUUACCACCCAAUUUCAAAGCGGACUUGCAACAAAUCAGAUUGUUGCAAGUUACGUGAAUACUGACUUCUGAUUGGAUAAAAUUACGCAGGAGUCACGCCAUACACGGGAAUUGAAUCAAUUGCCGAAAACAACUUUGCCUUGGGCCGCUAAAACGAGGCAACAUGUACAGAAUUUGUUGCAAAAUAAAAAGAACUGCUUUCUACUUUCUGCAACAACUUUUCGUAACCUGUAACAACUUAAUUCCUGCAAGACAGGUUUGAUUUGUGGGUGGUAAAACGCGCAACAUCAGUUUUCAACUCGUUUUGCCUGAGAAAUGUUACAAAACAAGUGCACGUUUUUUGUCCUUUAGGUAAACUGCGAGUAGUCACUCGUUUUCUUCAUAAAACAGUGACCUGUAAUCGUGACCUUUGGAAUGUGACCUGUAAAAGAAAUCUCUCCGUUUUCUUUAGAUUUAGCGAGGGGAGUGCACGCGCGCGAGAGCGUGCCUCUUUCAUCUCGCGCCUUCAGUCACGCGCGUUUUGCUCGACGGACUACGAAAAAAGAGAGACUGUUCGUGGUCUAUUCUUUAGGACGAAGACGUGUGUAUAACAUAUAACAUAUAACAUUAUUCGAUACCACACACUCGGUGGCGGGAACCAACGUGUAAUAUCUGAUCUCCCAUCAAGAGUGAAAAUGUCGGGAUAUCGAUAUCCCGUGAGAUCCCUUCGGGAUUGCCGGGAUGCCACUCUUAUCCCGCCUGACUUUUUAGCACUUUUUUGUGGUAUUUCAGGAGAAACUAUGCCUGGAAAUAGCUGGAGGCUUCGAAGAAUCCAUGGCGCAGAAAGUCCAAGAAGAGUUGGAGCAAGUUGAGAGACAAGUGUUCGUCUUUGAAAAAGAGGAAACUGAACUCAGACUUGUAAGAAGUAUUUUUGUGGCUUUUGCUUAAUUAGUUCGCCCUUUAGUAUAACUCAUGCUAGGUUUACAAUAAAGGAGAUUCAAGGGGAAUGGGGAAAGUUUGGUGCCGGAUUCGUUUUGCCGUUCGCACGCAGAUUCGUGAGUCCGAAAGAAAAACGUCCCAACUUGGUCUCGCGCGUCCGGGAUUCUGAAUCCUGACUGAAUGUUUACAGAAAAAACCCGCAACUAAGAACCUGCUUUUUCCCAAGUUAGCCUAAAUAGGUUCUUACGUAAAUGGUAAAUAUAGGGACAAAUUUAUGCUGUUUAGGUUCUCAAAACUAUGUGGAAUGGUUUGGAGAAAAUGUAUGUUGAUCUUUACUGGGUCCUUCAUGACAGCAUUAAGUGACCUCUAUUACUUGUAUACUCUUGUUUUAUUCUAUGCUGUAAAUAACCGAGUUUCACUUAUAAAGCGAAGAACGCGCAAAUCUGCAUUUUGGCAGAGUACUUUUCACCAUUUUUACAAGUCAUAAACGUGGUAGAAUGUUGAGGAACUAAGUUUUACGACGGCGAGGGCAACGAGAAUGACAAAAAAACAAUUGGUUUAGAUCAGAAAAACAACAACUCUGCACGUGCGUCACGCUUUUUUGCACAUUUCUUUGCCGUCGUUGCGCGACUACGACGUGGAACUUCCUAGUUUCACGUUUUAUGAAGGACGUGGAGAGAAAACAACGACUUUCUUUUUUCUUUUUCUGAAUUUAGAUACAGUCCUUUAGAAUCAACUCCAGAAGAAUUCCCUAGCAUUAAACAAAUUGUAUGAAAUAGAGCAAGAGUAAGAAAUUUUAAAACAGCGCGAACUCGCUUUCCAAGUGGCGUUUUCGUUGCUGUUGCCGUUGCCGUCGUGUUUGCUUGGUAACAAUCACGAACUUGGACUUUUUAAGUACUUUCCACUAUCCGCCAUUUUGUGACGAACACAGUUACCUGCAAAAAUGCAGAUUAUAUCAUUCUCUCUUCAAGACUCGAAGAACAAAGUCGUUUAUUUGCGAACCCUUCGUAAUGUGAAAAAUAGUGCAUUAAAGUAAUUUAAUUAUUUAAUAGAUUAUUUUGCAAUAUUUUGUGGUAAGGUUUCAGACGAAAUUUUCAGGUCUUAUCGUCCACAUGACCGUUAAACUUGGGUUCAGGGGACGUGUUAUUUUUUGUUGGGCAGUUUUUUACCAGUGAAAACGUGUUCUUCAAACUUACCAGUCUGUCGUUUAUACUCCAAAUGGUUAAAAUCACAGCGAAAGCUUUUCAAGCGGCAUUCUCCGGUGCGUAGGUGUUGGUCUCCUUGGUGUCCGAGACUUUUCAUGCGCGGUUUCCUGUUUCGGUCAAGUCUUAAGCUACGGUGAAACGGGCAACAAGAAUCCGCAACUUGUUUUGGAACAUAGGCAAAAUGAGUUGAAAACAAGUUAUUAUUGCGCGUUUUACCACCCAAUUUCAAAGCGGACUUGCAACAAAUCAGAUUGUUGCAAGUUACGUGAAUACUGACUUCUGAUUGGAUAAAAUUACGCAGGAGUCACGCCAUACACGGGAAUUGAAUCAAUUGCCGAAAACAACUUUGCCUUGGGCCGCUUAAACGAGGCAACAUGUACAGAAUUUGUUGCAAAAAAAAAAGAACUGCUUUCUACUUUCUGCAACAACUUUUCGUAACCUGUAACAACUUAAUUCCUGCAAGACAGGUUUGAUUUGUGGGUGGUAAAACGCGCAACAUCAGUUUUCAACUCGUUUUGCCUGAGAAAUGUUACAAAACAAGUGCACGUUUUUUGUCCUUUAGGUAAACUGCGAGUAGUCACUCGUUUUCUUCAUAAAACAGUGACCUGUAAUCGUGACCUUUGGAAUGUGACCUGUAAAAGAAAUCUCUCCGUUUUCUUUAGAUUUAGCGAGGGGAGUGCACGCGCGCGAGAGCGUGCCUCUUUCAUCUCGCGCCUUCAGUCACGCGCGUUUUGCUCGACGGACUACGAAAAAAGAGAGACUGUUCGUGGUCUAUUCUUUAGGACGAAGACGUGUGUAUAACAUAUAACAUAUAACAUUAUUCGAUACCACACACUCGGUGGCGGGAACCAACGUGUAAUAUCUGAUCUCCCAUCAAGAGUGAAAAUGUCGGGAUAUCGAUAUCCCGUGAGAUCCCUUCGGGAUUGCCGGGAUGCCACUCUUAUCCCGCCUGACUUUUUAGCACUUUUUUGUGGUAUUUCAGGAGAAACUAUGCCUGGAAAUAGCUGGAGGCUUCGAAGAAUCCAUGGCGCAGAAAGUCCAAGAAGAGUUGGAGCAAGUUGAGAGACAAGUGUUCGUCUUUGAAAAAGAGGAAACUGAACUCAGACUUGUAAGAAGUAUUUUUGUGGCUUUUGCUUAAUUAGUUCGCCCUUUAGUAUAACUCAUGCUAGGUUUACAAUAAAGGAGAUUCAAGGGGAAUGGGGAAAGUUUGGUGCCGGAUUCGUUUUGCCGUUCGCACGCAGAUUCGUGAGUCCGAAAGAAAAACGUCCCAACUUGGUCUCGCGCGUCCGGGAUUCUGAAUCCUGACUGAAUGUUUACAGAAAAAACCCGCAACUAAGAACCUGCUUUUUCCCAAGUUAGCCUAAAUAGGUUCUUACGUAAAUGGUAAAUAUAGGGACAAAUUUAUGCUGUUUAGGUUCUCAAAUAGGUUCUUCUAUUUCUCAAAUAGGUUCUCCCCCAUCCCCACCUAAACCCCUCUCCCUCUUUCUAAAAUUCCAGAGGAUCACGUUCAGUGACUUUUCUUUUUCGUUUCAAGAUAACUACAACACCCCCCUCUACAAGCAUAUUUUCCGAGGCGCGUUUAAUUGUAAUAAAAUAAAAUAACGAAACCGUCCACCAUUUUGGUAUCAUAAUGGCUUCAAAGCCAAAGAUAUAUAUUUUUUGGUCUGCAAGUACUGAGCGUAACCAUUGUGGGGCUAAACAUGGAUUGUUCAAAACGCCUCGAUCGUUUUCUUCAAUUACUGUCAAUUAAAAUUGAAUUCAAGGAUAAAUGACAAUUAUCUACUUCCGGCUUAAGUUUACACUAAAGAAGAUUAUUCCGCAUUCAAAAAUGUCUCCGGAUUUCAGUUACUUCAAGGGUAUUCACUACAGUAAAAACCCGCGACUAAGACCGUGGUUUUUAGGAACCUUUUAGGCUAAAAUUUGCCACUUAGGCCCCCUCUAUACAAGAACCUGUUCAGCCUAAAAUUUAAAACGGGUUCUUAUUUUCAACAUUUUUUUAAAGAAAUUUUUGUACACUUGGACAAAUUGGAUAAGUCAACAUUCAGGAUCCCCUUUGGAGACAUAAGUGCCUUAUCACCCCAACCGGGAUGUAUUGGCAUGCAGAUUUUCUGCACAGAAUAAGCUGAACACCACUAAAUACUCUUAGCUACAAUUUAUUUUUCCUUCAGAAAAUAAGAACCUAUUUGAGAACCUAAACAGCAUAAAUUUGUCCCUAUAUUUACCAUUUACGUAAGAACCUAUUUAGGCUAACUUGGGAAAAAGCAGGUUCUUAGUUGCGGGUUUUUUCUGUAAACAUUCAGUCAGGAUUCAGAAUUAGCCCCCUCCCCCGAAAAAAAAAAAACAGCAACAACACUGGACGACAUCAUCAUCAACAACAUCAACAACAACAACAACAACAACAAUAAAGAUCAAAAAACUUAUCAAAGCUUUCCUCUGCAGCUCAGAAGAAAAAUUUGUUUAAGAAGUCCUGCUAGCAGCUGUCUUAAGAGGAAAGAACUUGAAAGACGAAGGACAAAAUCCUACUGACAUGAAUAUACAAAAUGAGCACUGGCAAUUUUUAGCCCUCCUACCGUAUAAUGGUCCAUUAUUUUUCUCCAUAUCGAUUAUCUUCCUGUCGUCGUGGUCAUCAUUUAUGUCCACGAAAAUAUCCCUUACGAGUGUUCACGUGAGACCAGAAGCCACAGACUCACGAGUUUCAGAAUUUAAAAGCAGACUCGUGCAGACUUGCCAAAAAUACAGUUCAAAACGUUCAUGUACUUUGUUCUUGCAAAUAAUAGACUCCUUUGUGCUGUUUUUUCUCGUAUUUUCCACCGCCUAGGCACACGGUAUGCCUCCAUCUUUGACCGGUUGUGAUGCUAAGUAAUAUUUACAGCAACGCAUGGGCAACUAAGCGUUCUUAACAACAUGCAAUAUUAGCCUGCUGAUAUUUCCUGAUAUUUACAUUUUGCAGACACUCCAGCAGUUAAAGGACAAGACCAAAAGGGAAAGUUUCAAGCCGUUCGAUCGAAGUUUUCUCUUGAAACGUCAGCCCACGGGCGAAGAUAUAUUUCUAGGAGCGAACAAGAAAUAUUGGUCGCCGCUCUCUGAUAGAAAGGACGUGGAAGUCUUGAAAUUGUGGAGCGAAGACGGCGACUUGAGCGGUAAUUAUGAUUUGUGAUUGUUAUUUGCAAAUAUUUUGCGUGACUUUAACGCGGUGUUGGUUAUAAUCCUGGCUUUCGCUGACGAUUUUAUUUCGCAGCUUUGGUUUGGGCCGAUUAUUGAACCUUUCGCGGUUGGAUUGCUCGAUCGCAAAAUUUGCAAACACAAUAAAUGAAAAGAAAACAUUGACAACCAUUUUUAACACUGCCCAAGAACCUUCAUCUCGCCAAUUAGCGGCGCGACUUUGUAUGAGUUUUGUUUUAUUAUUUUUUCAUCAGCAUUUUACUCCGUUGCUGGAUCAGAUCGAGGAAUGGCCUUGUAUCAGAAUGGCCUAUAAAUUGAAGAAGAGAUUUGUGUUUCUCAAACGCUCAUCGUUGCAGAAAAUCGUUCAAUGUUUGUUUUAUUUAAUGCGAAUAAUUAUCAUACUUCGAUCAACCAUAGUGAUGACAUUAUCGAUUUGUUUGUUGGUUCGAUGAAUUAAUAAAGUUCGUUUCCAGUGACUGCUAGGGACUGAAAAGGUUCAGCAAGCUUUGUACUACGGGGCGUGCUGAUCUUAACGAUCGAAUGGAGUAGUCAAAUGGAAAUCGGCCGUAGUUUUCAGUUUAAAAGUUUGUUUAAUUUCAGUACUUUUUGAAAAUCUUCAAUUUCGUCACAUGUAGUGUAUAUUCUUUGUGGCAUUUUUUUCGUCCCUGGUCGGUUUUGUUUCGUUCAAACCUGAAAUAAUGGAGACAGACAGUUGGCCGUUCAGGGUUUAUUGAUAAAUGAGAACGAGUCGACUCGCAUAGGAAGAGAACAAGGAAGUUUUACAUAAGAAACAGGGUUAACACGAGAUCUCGGAAACCGAGCCAUGUCUGAUGACCUGCCUAUCAUGAAAAUGCCCUGAGGGCCAGUUUUAUUAUCGAUUAUUAAAACAAAGUUUAGUCUGUCGGCGUUUAACAUUGAAACGCAAUCUAAGCCCUUGUCAAAGCAAAUUGACCAACCUCGAUAUUUAAACCCAUUGUCCAUUGUUAGCUUUUACAGGAAGGCCGAGUAUAUAGCAGACAAGACAAACAAUUCUCUGCAGUUUUAAAAUAACCCAUUUAAAAACAGAGAUAUCCCGGCACAGUGAUUAACUUAGUCGCUGUCUAAGUAAGAGUUCGUCUUGCAGGCUCUUAUUUAAGGGAGCGAGAUUUAUUCAUUGUUGCAGUCGCUUCAAGCCAGAGACUGGAUUAUGGCCAGCAGCUACUUGAUCGAUACAAAAUUGUUUCACAGUGCAAAUACAAUUAGCAGAUAAAAAUUCCAUUCAGCUUUUAAUGCCCUGGAAACUGAUUUAACUCACAGACCAAACUUUCUAUCGGUAUACCAGCGUAAUAUACUUAAGCGGCAUUCUGGGAGAACUCGUGAAAAGCUUUUCAGUAGCGAUUUAAAAACUUUUCAACUAAAAUGACUUCAAGUGAAGUUCUUUCCGGAAUGUAAACAACAGCUCGCUCUACCGCGACCGGAAAGCGCAUAUCACAGAAAAUUUACAUUAUAUUUGUUUAACCUCAUACCAGUCUCUCAUUGUCUAAAUGAGAUGACUAAUAAAUAACUUGGAAAAUCUAGAGGCAUUCGUCAGCACAAGGAGCGUUUUAAUUAUUUAGUAAAUUGCACAUGCUGAUGUGUAAACUUAUAUCUUUCAGUAACUUUUAAAAUGUUCCUGUCUUCAUGUUCUUUUUAUUUUCCCAAACCUCUGAACGAUACUAAAAUGUUUGAUUUUGAUAGUUUGGUCAAGUUUUAGUUCUUGUAUCCACUUGCAUAUGGAAUACCGUAAAAAAUGAAUAGCUGUAAUUCUCACCACAAAAGUUUUAAAAGGGUUAAUGAAGUCUCGUUGAUUUUUUUAACGCUUUUGGGCUCAGAGCUUCGAAGAACUGAGUUCUAGGAAUUGCUUGAAACAUUCUGAGAAACGUGUCGCUUCAAUUCACGGGAAUUUUUUACCUUUACUUGCAUUAAUUCAUACUCUUCGCUUCCAAAUACGAAACAGGAUAUCUCCCGAGGCUGGUGUCGUUUCAGUUUCGUCUGAAACAUAACCGAACGACACGUUUAUUUGACAAGUACUUUCAACUUUUUGGGAUCCUGAAGAAUUCAAGUUUCUCAAUUUAAUUUUCCUUUUUAUGUUAGCUAAGUAUUGCAACAUACAUCGUUAAGUAUUUUUCAAGCGAUUUUUCAAAGAAGUACAUCUUACUCGGUCGAGAAAUCCAAUACCGGUGUUACUAUUUUUAUAAAGAUCAAUGAGUAGUACUUUUCAGUGCUGCUGUUAAUCAUGACUAGCGUACGAAACUGGGUCUAACUUUUUAGUCCGUGGAUACAAUGCCAGAGUGAACAUUUAAGUGAAAGGUACUGAGCGGUACUUUUCUGUUGUACUGUAUAUAUUAUGAUGUACUGGGGGAUUCGAAGUUUUGAGUCUGUGGAUAAAAUCUUAAAGUGUGACCAUUCAAAAUUGUCAAAUAAAAGCUAUUGAGCAGUAUUGUUCUUUGAAACUGUUUAUUAUGCUGUACUAGAAGGUUCCAACUUUUGAGUCUGUCGACGAAAUCGCAUGGUGUAAUCAUUUAGAUAUUGUUAAGUGGGCAGUACUUACCGCUGCUGCUUAUUAUUAUACUGUGCAAAGUGGAUCUAACUUUUGAUUAAAUCCUGGGGAAAAUGAAUGUUAAAGAGUUGAAAAGUAUGAUAGUUUUAACUCCUAGUUUGUUACGCUUUUGUUCGUUUAAGGGAUGAAUGACUAAUGUUGCGUUACAUGUGUUGUGUAAACAGAUUUUGGAACUUCUAUAUGCGAAGAACCACCAUCGGCGCCAGUUAUCUAUCAGAAUAUCACACAAGACCAGUUUGGUCGAACAGUCAUCGAGUUAACACAUUCACAGGAGUCUUCAAGCGUUGCUCCGCCGUCGCCACUGUCUCAUCCAGCGAAUGAUGGGAACAACAACAGCCUAGAAGCGUAUAAAUCCCAGUUUGUGCACUCUAAAAUUGACAACGACGAAAACUUUUAUAAAAAGCAAACGGAAGAUACGGUGUUAACUAAAAAGGAAUUGGUAGUCGAAGAAAGCGGCGGUAAAGAAUUGAACAAGAAACACUUGAAACACGCUGACAAGGUGAGUUUACAGUAUAAUGUAGGAAAGCAAAACUGCGAAAGAUUUUGUUCCCAGCAGCUUAUGAAAAUUAUGUAAACUAACUCGUUUGAAUGUCAACAUCGUAUUUUUUACCUCACUUGUCACUUUUCGGCUUGUAAUCUGUCAUGAACGAGUUUUCUGUAAUGGACAAUGCCGAUCUUGUUUAAAUCCAUCGUAUGCGCUAUUUAAGUACGCCUGAGUUCUUAAUGAUUUUACGGUUGUCGCUGCAAAGUCGUUUCGCUACAAACUCCACUGUGUAAACUGUGUAAAUUGUUUUUCUCUCCGAAUAGUGUUUGUUUUCAUCAAAGAGCGAUCUAGUGCGACAGAAAAUUAGUUUUAUGUUCGUCAGUGAAUUUUUCAUUAGAAAACUCACUAUUGCUUUCCGAAACGACUAAAAUGAAAGCAUGUUUUAGUCUUUAUGCGAAAGAACACCGACAAUACAAUACUGAAACAUUGUAGUUUACACUUUUACAUGGUUUUUUACACAAUGCUAUCAUGUGCGUGUGUAAGAUCUGAUAUAUCAGAGUUUGUCGUUUCGUUGUCCGUAUUAAAGAUCAGCAAAAAUAGAAAAGUAUCUGUGUUCGUUUUACACAAGGCGGCUGUGACUCUGUGAACCCUCUUAAUGAAUAUCUAUUUUGUCGUGUGGGUCUGUAUUUGCGUAAGUAAUUGCCAAAGUGAAUGGUUCUAGUCUUACUCAACAUCGCCGUCACCUGUAAUAUUGCCGUGAACCACUGAAGAGUUUCACCCACAAAUAGCUAAGGGCUCUUGUCUCGUCAUUUGCUCUAUCGCCGCAAAGUGAAUCUUAAUCCACCACGGCCCUCGACCAACGAACAUGUUUUUUGGGCGCGAAGACAAGAAUCCGGAUAUUCUUGAAACCGCAUACACAUGUAUCUUUUUACAGGAAUCGAAUUGUCUGCACGAAACCACUGAAUUGGCCUUGAAAACUCAGUGAAAGUCCAAAUCACGCGUUUGCCGUAAAAGCUGAACUGCUUUUAGUUAAAUCUUGCUUUCUGCAAAGCAUGCAGGCGAUUUUUGUUACGAUUUAACACCAUUUACCUGCAUGAUUAUGAGAGCAGUUUAAAAGAAAUACAUUACAUUUUCCUCGUGGGCAACAACGUUUUGUUUUUAAAAGAGCUUUUUUUUCUGUUUAAUAGGACAUUAAUUCGUCAGUGAUUGGCUCUAGUCCAUCUCAGCCUGCUACUAACGGAAACUUUCACCCAGAAACCGAAAACCAUAUCAAGCCUCCGCCCAAACGUAGCUUUGAUGACAAGAAAACAAUGUACGAAAACAGAACUGAUGAUGAAAAAUCUGGAUCGCUUCAACUGGAACCCAAGGUAGACCCUUAUAGUGAACCUUCCGCGACCACUGAAAAGGACAAACUCUUGCUUAGUUCUAUGAACGGUUCUUGCGGUGCCGUGGACGAGGUGGUACAGAUGUCCACGGCACCCACUGUCCAGUCUUCUGCGGCUUCAAGUAAAAUGGACGGCUUAUUGUUGAACUUGGAAGAGGACGGUGCAUCGUUUGGAAACCACACAAGGUACAGUUAUGGCCAUUUUUUUUAAACCGUCGGUUGUCAUUAUUGGUUAUCGUCAUCAUCAUUAUCUUUAUUUAGCUCUUCUCUUUAAGCGAGUGUGAUGCUGUAGUACUUCUAAAUUGUGACUCUUCAGAUGAAAGCUAUGAGCAGUACUGUGUGUGGUAUUCCUGUGGUAUUACUUUUGUGUUUGUUGAUGAAAUCCUGAACUGUGGCCAUUCGAAUGAUAGCUACUGAGCGGCACUUUCCUGUCAUACCUUUUACUACGCUAAAUGAGAUUUUCCCUUUUUAAGGUUGUCCAUUUAUUCUCUAAUGGAAUAAUCAAAUUAAAACUACCCAGCAGCUUUCCCAAGUGGUGCUGUUUACAUUCCUGUCAAAUGUAGUCCUAACUGAAGAGUCUCUGAGUGAAAUCAUAGUUUGACCGCUCAAAUAAAACCUACUGUGUAGUACUUUUACAUGGGACGGAUUGUUUAUCGUCUGUUAAAAAAGGGAAAAAAUUUAUGCUAAAUCUAGAUUCUUUUAUUCUUGCCUAGCAGAUCCACUUCUGAUGCUCAAUCGCCGCGCUUGCCGAGUGGAUUGUCACAGGAAGAGCUGAUUCCCUUCUUGAUGGAAGAGAAGAAAAGAAAGGAGGAAGAAAGGGCAAAGCAGCGGGAAAUAGAUGAGGAAAUGCUGAAGAAAGCACGCCAAGAAGUUUAUAAACAGGAGACAGAAAGCAGGAAAGCUGCAGAGCAAAGAAAAAACACGUUUCAAGAGGAAAGGAAGAGGCUGGAGCAACAAAUGUCGCUCGCUCAGGAAGGACAGGGACAAAAGAAGGCUCCACUCUCCAGAUCGGAGGCAGGAAGGAUUAUUGAAGAAGAGUUAGAACAACAAAGAAUGCGAGAGGAAUUAAAUCGUAUUGAGAUAGAGAAAAUUAAAGAAAAAGAAAGAUUGGAGAUUGAGAAACAGAAACUAAUACACGCGAAAAAGGAAGAGCAUCCCUCGGCUUUUCAAACAAAAGGCCAAAUCCAAACAGCGGUCUUUGAUGACAAAUUAGACGCACCGGACGGGGGUAAUUUUCAAGGCGUUCGGUUUUCUUCAAAGAGAGGAAGCGUAAUUGAUCUGAGCGAAGAAGGAGGUGUUAGUGGUCCAAUAAAAGGGGCGAUAGAGAAUAGGCCCCUUCAGGAACCUGUUUUCGCGCCACGUCCUGCCCCUCCCCAAUCACAGCCCCAGGUACAAUACCAACCGCAACAUCAGCCCGUUAUUCGUAGAUCAAAGGAUGGAGCAAAACCAGCUACGGGUAGAAAUCCUGAAUACCGAAAGAGUAUUGUGGAGCUGGAAAUAGAAAGACAGAGGGAAAGAGAAGAAGAGGCGAGGAGAGAGGCUGAAAUCGCAAGAAGGGUUCAGUCUGCAAACCAAGGGCCUCAAAACAAGAGCGAGGAGAUAAAAUCGAAAGACGAGCAUUCAAGACAAGUAGCCGAGUCAAAUGCUGUUGCUGCGAAAGUACCCAGCGUGAAGAAGCAGACUAAAAAGUUUGAGAAGAAAAGUGAAGCUUUUAAAGCAACCGGUCAAGGGCCCAAAAAUCCUGUCUCAGGUGGAUCGACUGGUAAAACCUCAGGAUUUCAGACGCGUAAUGGCGAAGAAAGUUUUGUUCAGCAAGCAAAGUCAACAGUUGUCGCGUCUUCGCCUGUUGACGAGAUCGAUGCGUUUCGCCAGCAAGUGGCAAAUGGUUCGGGGCCAGAGGUAAACGGUUUGGAAACGGAAGAGGAGAGAAAAAGAAGAGAGGAGAAGGAACUUUUUAGGCUGGAGCAAGAGGAAGAGAAAAGACGCAGGGAAGCGCAAAGGCAAGAUCUUGAAAGAAUCAGGAAAGAAGUAGAUCUUAAAGAAGCUGAAGAGAUGCUCCGCGUUAAGCUUGCGAAAGAAGAAGAAAAGAAGAAGCAGAGGGAAACCGAACGCAAACUUGCUGAGGAACGUCAAAAAGACCACGCGGAAACGUUAAAGAGGUAUGAGAAUGAUGCGACGUCAAGGAAAACGGCUUUCGCAGCGCACAAGUUGAUUCUUGAACAGCGUGUUUUGAAAGCGCUGGAAGAGAGUAAACAAGAAAGUACUGUUCCAAAGCGGCGCGCGUCCAGCUUUGAUCGCCCGUCUGAAGAGUUUGAGCAAGGCGGCUCUCUCGGUUCGGAAAGAGAUGAAUUUAGCAGUGGAGGAGUAACGCUUAGAAAAGCUAAUUUUGAGAAAAAUGGAGCGAGAAAAGACUCUAAGGAGGAAUUGCGAAAGAAGCGGUACUCUCUAAAUCUUCACCACACUCGACGUGGAAUAAACUCUUUGGAGGAUACAUCGUUGGGAAAAGACCGCGUAACUAUGGAGGCCGCUGAUGACGUCAUUGUAGGAAGACUUAAGUCUCAAGCAGAUGUGAAUACAGGUGGAGAAAAAGCUAGUGAAGGCAAGCUAAGCAAAGCUAAAAGUGUAGGUGAUUUGUCGUUUAAAAAAGGCGCAAAAAAUGAUGAAGCUCGUUCUUAUCUAGUGUUAAGGAGAGUUUCUUUCACCCCAGACCAGACCGAUUCCGUGGACGGCGUACCGUCGUUCUCUGACUCUAGAAUACAGAAAGAACUUGAGGAACAGCGUUUGCGGGAAGAGAUCGUAAAGCAAGAAGUCUUGGAGAGAGAAAAGCGUCAUCGACUAGAAGAAGAGAAAAAGAAAACCGUUGAG